AUGGCUGAGAAGCACGACUGUGAAGACCCCACGCCGCAGACGCUGUCAUGGUUCCGACUUGUAGUUGAUCAGGCUCGAGUCACAGAGGAAGUAUUGAAUUAUCCAUAUCCCGGUUCCGGCACCGAAGAAGAUCCCUAUCUCGUCAAUUACAUACCCAAUGACCCGGGCAAUCCGUUCAAGUGGUCGCAAGGCAGGCGGUGGAUCACCUCCCUGAUCGUGGCGACGGAAGUGCUGGCGACGGCUUUUGCAUCGAGCGCGUUCAGCGGAACCCUACGCGAGCUCAUUAUCGAUCUUGGCGCCAGCACAGAGCUCAUCACGGCCGGUAUAUCCCUCUUCGUGCUCGGUUUCGCCGUCGGGCCACUCUUGUGGGCACCGCUGUCGGAACUCUAUGGCAGGCAGAUAAUCUACAUCAUCAGCUUCGGCGGGUUCACAGCCUUCUGUGGUGGCUGUGCCGGCGCCAAUGACAUUGGAACACUCCUCGUCCUGCGCUUCUUCGCUGGAGCCUUUGGCUCGUCGCCAUUCACCAAUGCCGGCGGCGUCAUUGCAGAUGUCUUCCCGGCGGCCGAGAGGGGGUUGGCCAUGGGCAUCUUCGCCCUGGCGCCCUCGAUGGGCCCUACGCUGGGGCCAUUCUGCUCGGGGUUUCUCGCCGAGAACCAAGGAUGGCGGUGGGUGAUGGGUCUCUUGACGAUUUUCGCCGGCGUCAUGUGGAUUCUCGGGGCGCUCCUUGUGCCCGAGACCUACGCGCCGGUCAUCCUGCGGAAGAGGGUCGCGAAGCUGUCCCAAAUGACCGGCAAGGUAUACAUGUUGGAAGCAGACAAAGGGAAAGGAGCUCCGUCACUGAGGUCUCUUCUGCCGACCGCUCUGAUUCGGCCGUGGAUUUUGCUAUUCAAGGAGCCGAUUGUUCUGCUACUGUCGCUCUAUAUCGCCAUUGUCUACGGUACCCUGUAUCUCCUAUUUGGUGCGUACCCGAUCGUAUUUCAAGAAGUCCGUGGAUGGUCAGAGGGCGUUGGAGGACUUCCCUUCCUCGGCGUCGCGGUUGGCAUGAUUGCCGGGAUCGUCUUCGGCAGCUGGGCCAACAAAUGGUACACGCACGAGGCCGCGGAACACGGCGGCGUCGCUCCGGCCGAGGCUCGAUUGCCCCCAGCCAUGUACGGCGCGUGGGCGAUCCCCCUUGGAUUGUUCUGGUUCGCCUGGACCAACUACCCAUCCAUCCACUGGAUCUCGCCCGUCCUGGCCGGCGUGCCAUUCGGUUUUGGCUUCAUGGUCAUCUUCCUGGCCGUCACCAACUACCUGAUCGACGCGUACACCAUCUUCGCCGCCUCCGUGCUGGCGGCCAACACCGUUCUCCGAUCGCUCUUCGGCGCCGCGUUCCCGCUCUUCACGCCAUACAUGUUCGACAACUUGGGGAUCCACUGGGCGAGCUCGAUCCCGGCGUUCCUGGCCCUGGCGUGCGUGCCCUUCCCCUUCAUCUUCCGCAAGUACGGCGCCCAGAUCCGCAGUCGCUGCGUUUACGCCGCGCAAGCCGAGGUCAUCAUGGCCGAGCUCCGUGCAAAGGCUGCCCGAGCCGACGACCACCACGUUGGUGCGGCGUCAUCAGAGUCAUCCGAAGACGAAGAGUCUGUUCGGAGAUCGUCGAGCAGGACCGAUUCGGAGUCAGACCGAGACCUCGCAAAAUCGUCCGAACCACAGUUCGAGCCCAUCAAGACAAGGAAGUCAUUUGCGUCCGAGGUGAGCGCGUCGUUGUCGAGGGUCAGGUCCAAGGCCGGCAGCAUCAGCGAGGCUGCCAACUACAACGCCAGUCCCUACGAUAUCGACAGGGUCAACACGUCGACGUCCCUGGCUGGACUUGAUCUGACGAGGACAAGGACAAAUCGCUCUGGCAAUUAA